AUGAUGAGCGCCAAGGAUGUGAGAAUGAGGGCUAUGUCUGAGAUCUUACAGAGCAUGCGCAUUCUCAAGCUUCAAGGAUGGGAAAUGAUCUUCUUGUCCAAGAUAAUAGAGUUGAGGAAGGUAGAGAUGAAUUGGUUAAAGAAGAAGGUAUACACCUCGGCGAUGCUCCUAUCCAUCUUCUUUUCUGCUCCUGCUUUUGUUGCUAUGGCCACUUUCGGAGUUUGCGUGCUUAUGGGCAUUCCAUUAGAAACAGGUAAAGUGCUAUGUGCCCUGGCAACAUUUAGACAGCUGCAAACACCUAUCCAUGGUCUCCCAGACGCAUACUCUAUGAUCAUUCAGACAAAAGUAUCGCUUGACAGGAUAUGCUCAUUUCUCUGUCUUGAGGAACUCCCUAGUGAUGUUGUAACUAAGCUUCCUAGGGGUACCACCGAUGUGUCGGUUGAGGUGACGAGCGGUCAGUUCUCUUGGAAUACAUCUUCUCAAGUGCCUACUCUUCGAGACUUGAACUUCCGUGUACAACAAGGAACGAGGGUUGCUAUCUGUGGAACAGUUGGAUCUGGCAAAUCAAGUUUAUUGUCUUGCAUACUCGGUGAGAUACCAAAAUUAUCAGGAGAGGUUAAAACUUGUGGCAGGAUCUCCUAUGUUAGCCGAACACCUUGGAUACAGAGUGGGAAAAUCGAAGAUAAUAUACUUUUUGGCACAGAAAUGAAUAGGGAGAGGUAUGAAAAGGUCCUUGAAGCAUGCUCGCUUAUCAAGGACCUGGAUAUAUUACCAUUCGGUGACCAGACGAUUAUAGGAGAGAGAGGCAUUAACCUCAGUGGUGGACAAAAACAGAGGAUACAAAUAGCCCGUACUUUGUACCAUGAUGCUGAUAUCUAUCUAUUUGAUGAUCCGUUUAGUGCAGUUGAUGCUCAUACUGGAUUGCACUUGUUCAAGGAGUGCUUGCUUGGAUUUUUAGCUUCAAAAACAGUUGUGUAUGUUACACAUCAUGUCGAAUUCUUACCUUCAGCCGACGUUAUCAUGGUCUUGAAAGAUGGGAAAAUAAUACAAGCAGGGGAUUACACUGAAAUUCUUAAUUCUGGAAAAGAAUUCACUGAAUUAAUUGUGUCCCACAAGGAUGCAUUAUCUACUAUGGACAUGUUGGAGCUCCCAAGUAGCAAUUAUGAAAGUAGUUGCCAUCUUAAUGGCAAUGGAAGCACCCUACCCAUAGCAGAUGAGCAAACACAUGAUAACAAUGAAGAAGUACUUGUUCAAAAUGGUCAACUUGUACAAGAAGAAGAGAGGGAGAAAGGCCGGGUUGGGUUUAUUGUCUACUGGAAAUAUAUUACAAUGGCACACAAAGGAGCAUUUGUGCCACUUAUUUUGCUAGCUCAGAUCAUUUUUCAAUCUCUUCAAAUUGGAAGCAAUUUAUGGAUGGCUUGGGCAGCUCCGGUAUCUAAAGAUGUGAAUCCUCCGGUCAAUAGCUCGAUGAUGAUAAAUGUAUAUGUUGCAUUAGCUCUUGUUACCUCAUUGUGUGUCUUCAUACGAUCCUAUCUUCUAGUCAUGGCUGGAUGUAAGACUGCAAUCAUGCUAUUUGACAAGAUGCACCAAUGCAUAUUCCGAGCACCGAUGUCUUUCUUUGAUUCCAUUCCUAGCGGCCGUAUCUUGAAUAGAGCCUCCACCGAUCAGAGCGCAGUGGAUACUCAAAUAUAUGAUCUGAUGGGCUACCUUCUAUUUCCUGCCAUCGAAAUUCUUGGAACAAUUAUUCUAAUGUCGCGGGUUGCAUGGCCAGUCUUUGUAAUUUUUGUCCCUGUUAUUAUUGCAUCUCUAUCAUAUCAGCAAUACUACUUAAGUGCUGCUAGGGAGUUGCAGAGGUUAACUGGAGUUUGCAGAGCUCCUGUGAUGCAGCAUUUCGCUGAAUCAAUAGCUGGCACAACUAUAAUUAGAUGCUUUGAUAAGAAAAGAGAGUUCAUCAGUUGGACUGGCCAAUUGAUGGAUAAUUUAUCUCGGGCAACGUUAUAUAAUGCUGCUGCGAUGGAAUGGUUGUGCUUUCGCUUGGACUUUCUUUCUUCUUUUAUUUUUGGAUUUGCAUUGAUACUUCUGGUCACCUUGCCAGCUGAUCUAAUUGACUCAAAGACAGCUGGUCUUGCAGUCACUUAUGGACUAAGUCUGAAUAUGCUAAUAGGGUGGGCUAUUCUGGUCCUCCGUGCUUUGGAAAACAGAAUGAUAUCCGUGGAAAGAAUAUUGCAAUACAUGACCAUUCCUUCUGAACCGCCCCUUACGAUAUCAGAAAGUAGACCGGAUUGCCAUUGGCCAACAAAGGGUGAAAUUGAGCUUCGCAACCUUCAUGUAAAAUAUGCGCCACAUCUGCCUUUAGUUUUGAAAGGCGUGACGUGCACCUUCUCAGGAGGCAUGAAGACCGGUAUUGUUGGAAGAACAGGUGGUGGAAAGUCAACCUUGAUUCAAACGCUAUUCCGCAUUGUCGAUCCGUGUAUCGGGCAAAUAUUGAUAGAUGGCGUCGACAUCUCCACCAUUGGACUGCAUGACCUACGGACAAGACUGAGCAUCAUUCCACAAGACCCUGUUAUGUUCGAGGGGACUCUGCGAAGCAACAUCGACCCUCUGGAUGAAUAUAGUGAUGAGCAAAUCUGGGAGGCAUUGGACUGCUGUCAUCUUGGAGAUGAAGUUAGGAAGAACGAGCUUAAGCUCGACUCUACAGUGACAGAGAACGGCGAAAACUGGAGCGCGGGUCAGCGGCAGCUUGUUUGCUUGGGAAGGGUGAUUCUAAAGAGGAGGCGGAUCCUAGUUUUGGACGAGGCAACUUCUUCAGUGGAUCCGAUAACCGACGGUUUGAUCCAGAAAACCUUGAAACAGCAAUUCGCCGAAUGCACCGUGAUCACGAUAGCGCAUCGUAUCACAUCGGUUCUUGAUAGCGAGAGGGUGAUUCUUCUGGACAACGGUGAAAUUGCAGAGCAUGACUCACCAGCGAAGUUGCUAGAGGACAGUUCAUCCUUAUUCUCCAAACUUGUGUCAGAAUACACAAUGGGACCGAAAUUAUAA